CAGGUUGCCCAAGAUUCAGCUUCGGCGCUCCCUUCCAAUUUGAGACGCGCAUCCUAAUUAAUUGGAUAAUCACUUACCAAAAUCAAUUGACUCAGAUCAAAUCAAUAAUUUAAAUACAAAAAUAAUAAUACCAAAUCACAAUCAAAUCAAUGAUUUAAAUACGUAAAUAAUAAUACCAAAUCACAAUCGCCGCGAUCCCUCCGUAUCCGCCUCUUUCUUAAUUCUUCUCGGCUCCGUCGCCUUGCCAUUUCCACCGCUAUAAAAGCCACCUCCUAUUCCUCGGUCGAUCCAUCGAGCGGUUAUUUGAUGGCGAGGAAGAAGGUGAAGUUGGAGUGGAUCGCCAACGACGCGGCGCGGAAGGCGACGUUCAAGAAACGGAAGAAGGGGCUGGUGAAGAAGGUGAGCGAGCUGAGCACGCUGUGCGACGUGAAGGCGUGCAUGAUCGUGUACGCGCCGGGGGAGGCGCAGGCGGCGGAGGUGUGGCCGUCGGCGCCGGACGCCAUGCGCGUGCUCUCUCGGCUGAAGCGGCUGCCGGAGACGGAGCAGAGCAAGAAGAUGAUGAACCAGGAGAAGCUGAUGCAGCAGCGCUUUCGCAAGCUGCAGGAGCAGUUCCAGCGGCACGAGAAGGAGAACCACGACCUGGAGACGGCGCUGCUGAUGCAGCAGUGCCUCGAGGGGCGGCGUGGCCUGCACGACGUCGGCAUGGAGGAGGUCUCGGCGCUCGCUUGGAUGACGGAGGCGAAGAUAGGCAAAGUGAGGGAGCGGAUGGAGGAGGAGGAGGCAAGGAACGCCAGCGCAACGGCAGCAGCGGCGGCGGCGGAGGAGCGCAAGGGAAAGGAGGUGGUGGUGGUCCCGACCCAUGAUUGGUUUGCGGAGGCGAUGGACAUCGGCGGCUACGAGGGCGUGCCGGCGGACCAUGUAAUAGUGGAUAGCAAAAUCAACUCGUGGCUGAACAGUAGUUACUACCCUUUGAACUGA